AUGACCAAAUCCUUAUCCAGGAAAAAGCACCUGCCGCCUCCCCUGGGACAACUGGAGCUCUGCAUUCCAGAGCAUCCCAAAGGUCCUGCCUGCGGAGUGUUGAUCCGAGGAGGUCGGUCAGUGCUUCUGACCUCAGUCAACUCACCCCAGUCCCUGCCCUGGCCCAGGCCGCCUGUGCUGGCCCGUCUCCCCGAGGCUUCUCCCCCAGGCUCCCACGUGUGCGGGGCCGGGGCACACAGCCUCCCUGCUGAGCACUCUGCAAUGCUCUUGAUUGCCCAGCGGUGGACGUGGCACUCCCUUGGAGAGGGCCCCGCACCUUCACACUGGAGCAAACCCACCUUUGGCCCACUCAGCUGGCUCCCAGGAGAUUUUACCCAAAGGGGAGGGUUUUCAUUGCUAGGAGGACAUUAG